CUAGCUGGUGGCAAAACGUGCCUGAACAAUCAGUUGCUGUGUGUGUGUGUGUGUGUGUGUGUCGAGGGCCCUUUCAGAAAGGGGGCAAGUGGAGGAGGAGGAGCAGCAGCAGCGACCCGAGGGCUGAUUGUGUCCCCAAAGGGCAGUAGCUCAUUAUCUGUGGGGAACGUGCAUCACCAUGGAUCUCCUGGGAGAAGCAGCCCUUAUGCUGGCAACAUUCCUCUUUUUCUGGAUGGUCCUCUCAAGGUGGCAGCAAAUGCGCCAGAAAAAGAUGCCACCUGGCCCAAUGCCACUCCCCUUUAUUGGGAAUUUGCUGCAACUCAGCCCAGAGAAUAUAUAUCGUUCACUCAUGAAGCUCAGUGAGAAGUAUGGACCCGUCUUCACCAUUUACCUGGGAUCCCGGCCGAUUGUGGUGCUGCGGGGAUACGAGGCAGUGAAAGAAGCCCUGGUGGACCAGGCUGAAGCUUUCAGUGGCCGUGGGAAGCUGGCCAUGUUUGACUGGCUUUUCCAAGGCUAUGGACUUCCUUUUUGUACUGGACCACGUGCCAGAGAGCUGCGGCGAUUCUCCAUCAUGACCUUGCGGAAUUUUGGGAUGGGGAAGAGAUCCAUGGAAGAGCGGAUUCUGGAGGAAAUUAACUUCCUUCUGGAUACAUUCCGGAGCAUUCAAAGUGCUCCCAUCGAGCCCACCUACUUUCUGUACCGCUCGGUGUCCAACGUCAUCAGCUCCAUCACCUUCGGCCACCGCUUUGACUACAAAGAUCCGGAGUUCACGUCCUUGCAGAACAUGAUGUUGGAGAGCAUCCGUUUCACUGCCACCCGUUGGGGGCAGAUCUAUGACAUGUUCUCAGGCGUCGUGCAUCACCUGCCGGGCCCCCACCACAAAGCGCUCCAGAAGCUCUCGGAGAUGGAGGAUUUUUUCAUGAAGAAGGCCAAAGCCAACCAGGAGACCCUGGACCCCAACGCCCCUCGGGAUUUCAUGGACUGCUUCAUAGUGAAAAUGCAGAAAGAAAGUGAGGAACCAAACUCGCAUUUCUUCCUGAAGUCUCUUGUCAUAAACACAAUUGGCAUCUUCUUUGCUGGCACAGAAACCAUCUCCAGCACUUUGCGUUACGGCUUCCUGAUUCUGCUGAAAUACCCAGAGGUUGCAGGAAAGAUGCAGAAGGAAAUUGACCUUGUGAUUGGGAGAAAUCGCUCCCCAACUAUGAAGGAUUGCAGCCAGAUGCCCUACACCGAAGCUGUGAUCUGCGAGAUCCUGAGAUACACUUCCCAGCUCCCCAUCGGCGUAUCUCGCCAUGUGAUGUGGGAUACCCAGUUCCGGGGUUACACAAUCCCCAAGGGGACUGAGGUCUUUCCUCUGCUGGGAUCUGUGCUGAAAGACCCCAAUCAUUUUGAGAGACCGGAAGCAUUUGACCCCCAACACUUUCUGGAUGAAAACGGUAAACUGAAGAUGAAUGAUGCUUUCAUGCCGUUUUCCGUAGGGAAACGAGCAUGUUUGGGGCAGGAGCUGGCCCGCAUGGAGGUCUUCCUCUUCUUCACCAGCAUCCUUCAGAACUUCUGCUGCGAAUCUGUUGUCCCACGCGAAGAAAUUGACAUCACCCCCAAACUGAUUGGUUUUGUCUCCGUCGCACAUUCGUACGAAAUCCGCUUCAUCCCACGCUGAAAGGCCAUUGUCCGAAAAGAUGUCCUCCAUCGCCAACCAAAGAACAGAAAGGCUCUCAUGGUGUUUUUUUAAGGAAUAGGCAGCAGGCGGGCCGUCUUUUCCCCACAAUGCUAAAUGCCUCCCCCCUCCCACACAAUUUCUUGGGGGGAACAAUACAGUAUAUUUCCAUUUUAGAUGCCAUUGGACGGGACCCCAUAGAAGAAUGGUUUCCGUGUCAGACAUCUGUUCAUUUGAUCUUGUGUUUCAGGCCAGAUCCUUAGACAGGAAUCUGAGCAACCUUCUCAUGGAUCUUGGAUUAAAGAAAAAAAUCGAGUUGGAUUCUUUUCACUUCUAACUAGAGACCUGUAGCCAAAGUUUGUUUUAUUGAAAUGUACGUGUAAAAAUUAACUGAAACUCUUUGUCAAACUCUUUGGCCUUGUUGCCUCUGGGCUCCGUGGCCCAUGUUCCACCACAAAACCAGAAUGCGCAAGCCCUCCUCUCUUUAGACCCGCUGUGAAGUCCCCGCCCCACCCCGUAGCACCCUUUGCUCCUUAACACCUUCUUGGCUUGACUCCUCGCACCCUCUAGGAGCGUUUCCAAAUGGUUAUGAUGAACUGUAGGCACAGGUUCGGGAUUUCGGGGAGUGACAUAUAUGCCGAUUUGGUGCUUUCUGGGGACUUGUUAUGCUUUGAAAUGCUAUGAACGGUUUGCCUCACCAGGCAAUGCACAGCUCCAGCUAGUGAGCCUUUGUGGUUUUCAAAUAGACUCUAUAAGGACCCGCUUUUAGGUGGAACUCCUUCAGCUCCUUCAUUGCCUGGAACCUUCCCUUCAGUAGAAAUGUGAGCUGUCCCCAGCCAAGAGUUAGGGUUCUUCCUCUUGUGGUCUGGCCAGCUGUCAAAGAAGAAUUCUACUCUUGGUAUUUUGACUGCAACAUGAAGAGAUCAAUCACUUCCUUGGCCCAGCCGGCUGUUCCAUCUCUGCUAGCUUUUAUUAGCCAAGAGGGGCAAGGAUCCAGUACAGAGGUGGUUGCGCGAACCCGUCCAAGCACCUUGUCAGCUUGAGGAUGUUGACUGGGUGCUUGGACAGGUCUGCGCAACCAUCUCUGUACUGGAUGCUUGCCCCUCUUGGCUAAUAAAAGCUAGCAGAGAUGGAACAGCCGGCUGGGCCAAGGAAGUGAUUAAUGCCUUUUUGCGAGAGGGAGUGGUCCCGGGCCGUCUGAAAGAGGCGGUAGUGAGCCCACUCCCGAAGAAAACUUCCUUGGACCCGGAAAAUCUUAGUAACUACAGGCCAGUGGCAAAUGUUCCAUCCCUGGGCAAGGUCCUUGAGCAGGUGGUUGUGGGCCAGCUCCAGACACUCUUGGAUGAGACUGAUUAUCUGGAUCCAUUUCAGUUGGGUUUCAGGCCUGGUUUUGGCACGGAAACAGCCUUGGUCACCCUGUAUGAUGACCUAUGUCGGGAGAGAGACAGGGGGAGUGUGACUCUGUUGAUUCUCCCUGAUCUCUCAGCG